AUGAUAAAUGGUAGAAAAAAUAGAAGUGCGAAAACGAAAAAUUACAUAAUUAAUGUUAACUGUUAUACAUGGAUAAACAACAGUCAUGGAUUAUUUGAUUAUGAGAGCGAAAAUUUUUAUAAAAAAUGCUUUAAGAUAAAAUGUUUAUAUAAUUAUUACUAUAUUUUAAAAGAUGACAUAAAUGUGGAAAUUAAAAAUGAAGAAGAAAUUAACAAACUAUUACUUAAUAAUAAUAAAAAUAGUAAUCUAAAAAUAAUAUGUAAAAUAAAAUAUAUAAACAACAACUAUCAGCUUAUUCCAUGUAUUGAAAAUGAGUUCGAAGAUAAUACAAACAACAGUGACAUAAGAGUAAAUGAAGUGAAUGAAAAUAAUGCAAAUGGAAAUAAUGUAAAUGAUAAUGUAAAUGAUAAUGCAAAUGGAAAUAAUGUAAAAGAUAAUGUAUUUAAUAAUGUAAAUGAUAAUAUAAUUAAUAAUGUAAAUGAAAAUAAUGCCAGUAAUAAUAAUAUAAAUGAUAAUGUAAAUGAAAAUAAUGCCAGUAAUAAUAAUAUAAAUGUUAAUAUCGUAAAUGAUAGUAUAAAUCAUGAUAAUGUGAAUGAAAAUAAUGUUAGUGAUAAUAAUAUAAAUGAUAAUGAUAAUAACAACAACAGUAGCAGUAAUAACGACAUGGGUAAUUUUUGGGUAAUUGUUAAAUACUUAAAAAAUAAAAGUUCAAUAUUACAUGAAGACGACGUAAUUAAAUUAGGAAGAGUAAAAUUAAAAAUUAAAAAAAUUAUUACUAAUCUACAACAAGAAAGGGAAUACAAUAAGUCGUUAUCCCCAUUUGAUGAUGAUGAAUGUGAAACUAUAGCUCCUGAUGCUGAACAGUAUUCAGCAAAUAACAUAAUGAAGAAAAAUAGUAUUUCAAACAAAUACAUUAGUGGAAAUAUUAACCCAAAUAUUCGAUUUAGAACUAAUCCGAUAGGAGAUGAUGAUGAUGAUAUUGUUGAUGAAUAUGAUGAUCAUAAUAUAUGUAUUAAAUGCGGUGCAGAAUGUAAUAAUUCUGAUAAUAAUUAUAAUAUUCAAGGCGAUGACGAUCAUUAUGUAGCUAGUGAAGACGAUUUAGUUCAAGAUGACGAAGAGGAGGAAGAAGUCCUGCAUAGUCAUACUAUGGCAAGCAACCCAUAUCGUAGCGCUAAUCCAUACUACGAAAGUGAUAACGAUAAAGCCGUUAGCAUCAAAGCAGUUAGAAACGAAGUGGUCAGAAACAAAGCGACUAGAAACAAAAAACUCAAUGACAAAACAGUCAACUCAUAUGUAGACGACUUUUACUCUUUUAAAAAUAACACAUCGAAUGAUGAUGUAUACUGUGAUAAAUACUUAUAUGCAGAAGAAAAUGCAAAUGAUAUUAUAACAAAUAGUUGUGGUGAAAUAAAUCAGCGUAGAAUUGACGACUGUGUAAACUCUACAAGUGUCAACCUUGUUAAAAAUGCUGAUAUUAGAAUUAGUAUGAAUAAAGAUCAGAAUGUAAUAAUACUUCAAAAAAACAAUGCAACAAGCAGUAGUAUAUAUGGGAAAGUAAUAAACUCGGAUGGCUGCAAAAAUUACGAUUUAAAUAACUCACAGGAAAUUGUAAAAGUAAAGGGGGAAUGUGCAAUUAGCAAUAGCAAGGAUAACGGUCAUAGCACCCAGGUGGCACUUGACCGAUCAGGACAAACUCAUGUAAAUUUAAGUAGCACUAAAGGGGUAGUGGUACACCUGCGAAGUAGCAACUGUAUUAGUGGUAGUGGUAACAUCAGAAGUAGUAGUAGUAGUAGUAGUAAUAGAAGGAACAAAGGAGGAAAUAACUACUCCCCCUAUGGAUAUAAGAAUAAUGCACUGAUAAAUGUGAAAAGCGGUUAUGCAGACAUGAAGGGAAUGAUCGUGUGCUCCAAUAUUGGAAAUAAUGAAGUGCAUGAGGAUAAUUACUUUGGAAGGAAUAAAAAUAAAAACGUAUCAAAUGUUAAGGAUGGAGGUAAAAAUUGUAUGGAUUAUUUAAAAGGAUCAUCAUCUAUUCGGAUUAAUUGCUCGAAUGAAGCAGGGGAAAAUGAGGACGUGUCAAAAAAUAGUAAUAACAGUAAGGGUAUCGGGAUGAGUAGCAAUAAUAGUAGCAGUAAUAGUAACAUGCAUGAUGAAUGCUAUGAUGUUAAAAAUGCACGAAGGGAUGCCCCCGUUAGAAGUGGCGUAGAUUCACCAAGAGGGAAGGGCCUCAUGCACACGAAUAACAGAGGUAAUAGCGAUGGAGGUGAUAGUAGUAGUAGUUGCUCCCAUAGAUGCUAUAAUCCAUCCAAUAACAACAACAAUGGUAAGAAUGAUAAUCAGAAAAAUGUAAAAAUUUUAAAAAAAACAGCUAACUAUGAAAAUGCAGCAUGUACGAGCAGAUGUAGGGGAAAAGGUGCAACAGAUGCAGAAGCCAGUAGAGAGGUAGAAGUAGGAGAAGCUGGAGUAUUAGAUAAAGAAGUGGGAAUCGGAAUGUUGAACGUCUCUACAGGUUUGUUUAUUCACAACAAAAAAGAGCUAUCUAUGCCAAGUUUGUAUAACUGCAGGAUAUGUUUAUGUGAAUAUGAAAACGAAAAUAACCCGUUAAUAUCACCAUGUAAAUGCAAAGGAUCAAUGAAAUAUGUUCAUCUAAAUUGUUUAAGGACAUGGAUGAGGGGCAGAUUAAAUGUAAGAAAUGAUUGUUCUUCGUAUUCCUUUUUUUGGAAACAAUUAAAUUGUGAAUUAUGUAAAUUUCCUUAUCCAACUUAUAUAUGUGUGCAAAAUAAAUAUUUAGAAUUAUACGAAAUACCAAAGCCAGAAUUACCAUAUAUAAUAAUUGAACUGAUAAAUGAUAGAAAUAAAGGUUUUUACAUAGUUAGUUUAGCGAAUACAAAAUGUGUUCGUAUGGGUAGAGGGCAUGAUAGUGAUGUGCGUGUUAAUGAUAUAUCUGUUUCAAGAUUUCAUGCGAUGAUUAAAUUUCAUAAUGGCAAUUUUUACAUUGAAGAUUGUAAAAGUAAAUUUGGUACGUUAAUUCAAAUUAGAAAACCAAUCUUUUUUAAUAUUAGAAGGAAUAAAUUCAUAGCGUUACAAAUAGGUCGAACAGUAAUGUAUGUAUAUAUGAAAAGAAAAAAUUGGAUAUUUUUACCUAUUUGUUUAAAAUUGUCAAAAACCAAAGAUGAGGAUGUUAGCACACUAGAUAAUUUUUCGUCCAAACUUUUGAUGGAUAGCAAUAUGCACCUGUCAGGAAGAAAUUUCGAUUACAACAGGGAUAGCGCUGUUGGUAAUGCAAGAAGUAACGAAAUUGUUGGAAAUGGUAGAAUUGAUGUAAAUGGUAGAACUGAUGUUAAUGAUAGAACUGAUGUAAAUGGUAGAAUUGAUGUAAAUGGUAGAACUGAUGUUAAUGAUAGAACUGAUGUAAAUGGUAGAAUUGAUGUAAAUGGUAGAACUGAUGUUAAUGAUAGAACUGAUGUAAAUGGUAGAAUUGAUGUAAAUGGUAGAACUGAUGUUAAUGAUAGAACUGAUGUAAAUGGUAGAACUAAUGUAAAUGGUAGAACUGAUGUAAAUGGUAGAACUGAUGUAAAUGGUAGAACUGAUGUUAAUGGUAGAACUGAUUGGAAUAAUGACAAUAGUAGUAAUGUUGUGUCAAAUUGCGAAAAUGGGAAUGUAACUGUUUACGAAAGCGCAAACAGUAUCGUAUUAUCCAAUAACCGAGUGGCUAAUAAUAUUCAGUCCGAGCAAAAUUUACCUGAUCAAAACGAAAAUAAGCAAGAAAAUUCCAACCCAGGUAAUGUGACAACAACUGCUCCUAAUAACAACAGUGCAUGCAAUAACGACGCACAAGAAAGUGGUGUAAAUAAUGAUGUAAAUGAUAACUAUUAUGUUGUUAAUAAUAUGCACAGUAGUAGUGGCAAUUGCGCAAAUGAAAUGAAUGAGGUCAAUACACACAACUCACUUAACAACAGUAGUAGUUCUAUUGAAAUAAAUCUGAACAGUACAGGUAGUUCUAAAAAUGAUACGCCCAAUAAUAUUGUGAUAUACGCGAAUGGUAAUAAUAAUAAUGUAAAGGACUCCGAUAAUUAUGAAAGCAAUGACACAAACAACAUAACAGGAAAUGUCAUCAACAUCAUGAAGGAGGAAAAUUAUUUUUAA